AUGGGGACUGACAUUACUGAAACUGUAGAGAACUUCCCAUCGCCGAUUAACAUCAAGGUGCAUAGCUUUAUGUGUACAGAACUUAUGAAGCUAGUCUCGAGUGUUCUUGAAAUAUUUCCAGAAAUAAAAGCAGCUAGACCUCGAUGUGAAUCUGGUAUUAAGUCACUUGUUCACUUAAAUAUUGCAAUUGAUAAAGCCAAAUCGUUGAUUCACGAUUGCAGUGAAUCCAGUAAGCUUUACUUGGCACUCACAGGAAAUACGGUUCUUUCAAGAUGUAAAAAAACAAAAAUCUUAUUGGAACAGAAUUUGAGCCAGAUACAAAAAAUGGUUCCUGUGAUGCUUGCAUCAAAGAUCUCAUUGAUAAUUACAGAGCUUAGGAGGGUGAAAAUUAGUUUAGAUCCAUGUGAAGAAGAAGCUGGAAAAACUGUAAAAACAUUACUCAAAGGGUACAAUAAUACUGGAAAUUCUUCAGAAUAUGAAAAUGAGUGUAUUCGAAUAGUUGCUUUAAAGCUUCAAAUAACAUCUCAAAAAGCUCUUGUAAUUGAACGAAGAUCAAUCAAGAAACUUUUAAACAAACUUCUUGAAGGAGAUAGUGAUCAACAAAAGAAACGGAUUCUCAUGAUCCUUUUGGAUUUGCUAAAAAAACAUGGACAUUCAAUUGCAUCUGUGCAUGAAGAGAACGAUAGCAUUGUUCAAAGUCAAGUUUAUUGGUCCCGUAGAGUUGACUAUUCUGUUGACCGUGAAGAACCUCCAAAAGAGUUCAAGUGUCCGAUUUCUCUCAUGGUGAUGUAUGAUCCUGUUGUUAUUGAUACUGGAGAAACAUUUGAAAGAAUGUGGAUUCAGAAAUGGUUUGAUGAAGGUAAUGAUAUUUGUCCAAAAACUAAAAGGAAACUAUUAAACUUUUCAUUGACACCAAAUACAACCAUAAAGGAUAUGAUUUCACAAUGGUGUGAGACUCAUGGUGUCACUAUUUCGGAUCCUUGUGUUGACUUUUCAAUCGAUGUAAACAUGUGGGAGAAUUCAUAUUCUUCGGUUACUAGUGACUGUGAAGAACCUCCAAAGGGUAUUAUUGGAAGAGGUGAAAGUGUUCCUCCUGAAGAAUUCAAGUAUCCGAUGUCUCUCAAGGUGAUGUAUGAUCCUGUUGUAAUUAAUACCGGUGAAACAUUUGAAAGAAUGUGGAUUUAG